UGUGGCUGCAGAAAGUCCAUAACAAUAUCAAUAUCAAAUACAAAGGAAAUGAAAUCGUUUUAGUGAGUGGCCGGCCGCCAAUCAAUCGACUGGCAGGAAGGCACUUACUGGAAGAAUCUUAAAUAUAUAUUUCAAAAAUGAUCAAAUAAUGUAACCAAAAUGAUUGAAUCGAAAGCACACUGCCCAACGGGUGCCAUUGCAGCAUUGUUGUGAAUGUGCGUGGGUGCGCAAACAGAUGAUGCCAACAUAAUACAUGCAGCGCAGCUUACCUCGUUUAGCCAGUGCUGAAAGAGUUCAUUGGCUCAAUUAGAGUCACAUGCGGUGCGGCGGUCACAUCACUCUCUCGAUAUCGUAUCUUCUCCUCACUCGAUUACAGUUAAUUAAUGCAAAUGCAGGCUAAGCCGUCUAGAAUGCAUUCGCAAGCAGUAAAUCCCAUUUAAUAUACAUAUGCAUUUACAUGAGUGCUUGCUUGCUUGUGUCCGUGUCGUGUCGUUGUGUUUGGCCGAAAUUUAAAUUGACAAAUGCUCACGACUAUUCUUCUGAUACCCUUGUAGGGAGGAGGAUAUUAUAAUAAAUUACGCAAAAUGACAACAAAAAUGCAAAGUAAACCAUUUUCAUCGGCGCAGCAACCUUGCCACAGUUUCUCGAACCGUGGCACUUAACUGUCAUGGAUGUGGAUGUGUAUUCCCUCUACCCGCCAUCACACCAUGCGAUACAACGGAACCGUACUGCCACUGCCCCGCGCACUCUCGCUUUCAGGGCCUGGGGCUGGCUUAAUUAAUUUAAACUAGAGCUAGAGCGGAGGACGCCUUAAGUCGUCGCACAAACAAAAGCCACAGCGCUACAGAUGCGAUAUACACACACGUACAUACACAGACAGUGUAAAAUGUUUAAUAUUAAUUUUAUAUAAAAGCAACAACAAUUAAUUGUAAUUGACUCAGUCGCACGGGCAGCGCACAAGAGCCCAGGUCGGGAAAUCUUUUGAUUUCUUUCCUUUUUUCGCUUUGCGUUUACUGCAGCAAUUGAUAAUGAUGAUGCUGCGAGCCGGAGGACUCCGCUGUCAUUUUUUGCUCCUGCUCCUAGCCAUUUGUGGCAUGGCCUGGGGCGAUGUGACAUACCGCGGCAAUGCUGUGCAUCCAGAUUAUCCCGGACAGUGCUAUUAUGAGGAGCUCAAUCAGGCAAUACCCAAGAAGCAGUCCUACAAGCCAAUCAAUCGCGACGGCUACUGCCAAUCCAUCUACUGUCGGCCGGACUAUGUUCUCGAAAUUGGAUACUGCGGCCGCCAUAAUCUAGUGCCCAACGAAAGGUGUAAAAUUGCCAGCGAUAUGCGGCGCACAUUCCCCGACUGCUGUCCCAAGCUGAUCUGCCAGGAGCAGGAGCCGGAGAGCAACUACAUCUAGGCCGGAACUGGAUGAGCGCCCGUACGACUACUCUUUGUUAAACUAUAGGUUGUGUGCUGCUCCAGCAAUGGAUCGUAUUUUUGUAGUAUUAUCAUUGUUUUCUAUACAUCAAUAGAUUUCUCGUAUCUAAGGGAAUACAUUUCGAUUUACUCGUACGACUGUCACAAGUUGAGAGAGUUUUAAAUUUGUAUGUUACGUUAUGUCUACAAUGGCGUUGCACAAUCUGAACAAUUACACAAUUAAGAAGCCUGGCAUGUGGUGUG